CUUUACUUGCUUGAAAAAAUUGAAACAUUCUUUGACAUUACUUUGUGCUCCAGCUAACUAACCUUAACAUAUAUGUACUCAGGUUCCCUGAAUUUGGUCGUGUUUUUCAACCUCAAUAACAACAAUAUUAGUCUCAACCAUGUAUCCUACGAAAAUGGAUAACACGAACGAGUUACCUGUUUAUGCAAAUCAAGACCACCCCGUAAGAAGGCACCACUCGGCUCGAUACUAUGCUCGCCAUAUUAAAGAGAGUCUAACUACUAGAGUCUCCAAACUAGUUUGUACAAUUUUCUUAACCCUUCUUUCUAUUCUUGGAAUCAUCGCGUUUAUUUUAUGGCUAGGUUUGCGCCCUCAUCGUCCAAGAAUUUUUCUACAUGACUUCUCAAUUCCAGCUAUAAGUCAGGGAAUUGGACCUGAAAGUGCUCAAAUUAACUUUAACGUGACAGCACGUAAUUCAAAUCAAGUUAUGGGGAUUUUUUAUGAUGCAAUGCAGGUGACAGCCAUUUAUCAAGACCAAAGUAUUGGGAUUUCCCAAUUGUUGACUCCAUUUUAUCAAUUGCCCAAAAAUACAACAGUUCUUGCUGGUACAUUUUCUGGCCCCAUGGUGACGGUGACUGGAACACAGUGGCAGCAAAUGCUCGAUGACCGGUCUCGUGGAACGGUGGUUUUACGGCUAGAAUUAACCGCAAGGAUUCGAUUUAAGAUAUGGUCAUGGAAAAGCAAACAUCAUAGGAUGCAUGCUAAUUGUCCUGUGGGAGUAGGACAAGAUGGUAUGAUCUUGGCUGGGUACAUAGAUAAGAGAUGUCCAGAAUAUUUCAAUUAGACAUUUCAAUCCAUGCUUUCCUCUCAUUGAAUUUUCUUUUUUUCUCUUUUUGUAUUUGACUGUGUAUAAAAAGAGUACAUUCCUUUCAGGCAGGGUACCUCUAUUUUUUUUCUUCCUUUAAUGUGCAUCUCGUAAUGCGGAUGCCUACUAAUUAAUGGAAAAACGCUUCCUAUCA